AUGGCGCCCGCUAAGACAUCUCCUUACACUUACCAACCACUACCAAAGCCGCGCACAAUCAGAUUACUGCGACUUGGCCCUUCGCCUUCACACGCAAAGCCUCUUCAAUGUCGUCUCCAGCAGGUAUCUCUCGACGACCUGCGAGAGAAAAAGAAGAAACACUCCUAUGAAGCACUUUCAUACACAUGGGGUGCCAAGAAUGGGAGCGUGCCCAUUCUGUGCGAGGGACGGAGGCUUCUUGUUACGCCCAAUUGCGAAUCUGCCCUCCGGCAUCUUCGUCACAAGUUGACCCCCCGAUUACUAUGGAUAGACGCCAUCUGUAUCAACCAGAAAUCGACUGAUGAAAAGAACUAUCAGGUCCAGCUGAUGGGCGAAAUCUACGCACGGGCGGAACGAGUCAUUAUUUGGUUAGGACCAGGCGUCCCGGAUGAUGAGGAGCUCUUUCGCAAGGCGCGUCGUCGAGGCCGGGUCUCCCACUCGAGGGGACAGAGUGAUACGAGCAGUGCUUCAUUCAUAGAUUCUUGGAUAGAAGAGCCCAAGAGUGAAACCCUGGACCGCAUCAGCAACAAUGCGUGGUUCACACGCGUCUGGACAAUCCAGGAGAUGCUGCUCGCGCUCAACCCCGUCUUCCGAAUCGGCCAUUCCGAGUGUCCGACUUCCUCGAUGUACACUUACUUUCUGGUGAAGGCUGGUUCCGAGAUCCUCGGGAAUUCUCGUUUCCAGAUGAGAGUUCGUGCACUGGAAAUCCUCCAACCCGAAGCCGCAAAGUCCAAGGCAUUGCUGAGCAAAGUCAUACAAUAUGGACGUACGCCAGAGACCGAUUCCACCGAGCUCCUGUCCAUGAUUCUGAAGCUUGCCAGUCUAAGCGAGGCGUCAGAUUCUCGCGACAAGUUUUAUGGGAUUCUGGGUCUCCUGCAGAUAUUCACGAAAGCCACAUUCCCUCCUGUCGACUACACAAGAGACGAUACCCAGAUUUUCGAGGAGUCGGCCCGCUGCAUGAUACGAAUGACUGGGUGUCUCUGGCCUCUGGAAGUUAUUUGUCGCCCCUUCGGCAAUACGAGUAACAUGGCAUCGUGGGUUCCCGACUUGCGCGAUCCUGCUUCUAUCGACAUUGAAUGGCAGCCGGGCGUAUACAGGGCUGUUUCUACCGAUAAGGAAAUGCCGUUUCCUAGGACUACGCAGAUUCAAAAAAAUUUGUCGGCAAGAUUACCUCCUGGACCUGUUAGAGCCGCCGAGAUGACAUCCUCGGAUUUUGAGACACCUGGAAGACUACCAGUCGAGGCCAAGUUUCUCGUCAAGGUCGCUGAGGAACAGAAGAUGAUGAUCUCAUGA